AUGCCUACUUCUUCACAUGGAUCACCAAAACCAUCUUUAUAUUUAUCACCUACCUAUGAACAAUUGAACAAUUCUAUUGCAUCUAAUAGUUCUAAUAGUGAUGAUAUCAACAUAGAAGGCAGUAAUCCUACUUCUACCAAUAAAGAACCUCAUCGAAGUCUCCAGAACAUAUCUUCCAAUGAUACAACCUCAUCACCAGUACAAUCUACAUUGUCUACAUAUAACAGUUGUAAUAGUAAUGAAUCGCUCAACAACAAUUCAGUUAAUAGUACUAGACGUCGUUCCUCCAAAACUGAAGCGAAUGCUACUUAUUCUUCUACCUGUCCUUCAACCAGCACUGCACCGACAUCAACUUCCUCUUCAGCUUCAACUACUUCCUUACAACAACAAUCACAACAACAACAUCAGCAGCAGCAGCAGCAACAACAACAACAACAACAACAACAACAACAGAACACAAAUUAUCAUCAACUAUCUUAUAGUAAACAACAAGCCUUGAAGUCUAGUGCCUCUCCACCAUUAAUCCAAACUUGCAACAUGCCUUCACUUUCUCACCAUCACUUAUCAAAAUCUUCAUUACAAGCACCAACAUCCCCUGUAUCAACUCCUUCCUGUAGAUCCUCAGUACCCUCUUCUCGGAGACGUCAACAACAAUAUCAACAUCAACAACACCAACAACAACAACAGCGACAGCAACAACGGCAACAGCAAGAACAGCAAAAACAAAGUGUAUCUGGACAAACUGUUGAAUAUCAAAACCAAAGACGAACAGGAAAAUCAACCAAGCAUUGUCAUCGACAAAAAACCUCAGCACUACAAUAUCAAGAAAGAGUAAACCGUUAUUAUCAACAAUUGACACAAGGAUGCGGGCAAUCCGAAUGUACCAAUCGAUUUUGUGCAAGUGCUAGAGGUGGAUCACUACAAUUACAUUCACAAGCAGCCUUUAGUCUCUCCUUGGCUUUGGCAUCCAAGUCUGGUAAUAAUAACAAUAGAAAAUUUUGUCACACAAGCAAUUUAACUAGUCAGCAGCCAUAUCGACAAGUACCCAAUAAUACCACCACCAAUGCUACUACUACGCUUCCUUUUUUGCACAGUUUGUUUUCAUCAUCUGCUUUUACUGGUAUUCUUGGAGAACAACACAAAUAUGGUCCCAAUCUGUCAUCGUCGUCCUGCUCAGCUCGUUUAUCAAUGAUAAGGGAUAUUGAUCGAAUGUUACCUCGACUUUCUUACAACGAAGCAGUUCAGUAUCUACGUACCUUAUUUCGACAUCCGGAUAAAAUUGGUAAUGUCUUUUUGGAUUCAACAGUUUUGGAAGAUGUGGCAAUGGUGGACGUCGAACGACUUUUGGCCUUUUAUGAUUCUAUUCUUAUGGACAGUAACAACAACUGGGGAUUGGCGCAUACCGUAUCUGAAAGCUUUGAACUUUUAUUAGAAGAAAUGCAAAUGAAUGUGAAUGAUAUGGAACAAACAAAUGAUAUGGAUAAAACAGCACAAUGGACCCGAUCUUUAUUCUGUUUGAUGAUGUGGAUUUGUCGACAGGAAACAACAACAAUAACAUCUGCAAAAAUAACAAAGCAGCAAGUAUCCUCUUCUACAAACAAAACAAAUACUUCAUCAUUAUCAACAUCAUUGACAACUUCAUCAUCGACAACAACUAUUACUGCAACUGGGAUUUGGCCAAGCAUAUUGACUCAAAAGUUUAUCAAAGUGAUGAGCAUACUUUCAGAUUUGGAUCAUGACAAGCUGAAAACGACAUUUACAUUAUUUGCUAGAUUGGAUCCUUUGUCGAUGAAAACUAUGGUUAAGCAUUUACAUCACUAUCUUUUGGAACAUUUCCACGUUGGUCCUUAUCGACACGGUGAAAAUGAUACAGUGGUGAUGGCAGUCAAAACUCUUCGAUUGUUAUAUCAUGCGAAUAUAUUCAAUCCGUCAUCACCAGUGAUACCCUGUGACGCAUUUAUUAAUGAAAAGUUGUGCAACAAACUCAAUAUCAAGGAUGAAUAUCGAAUCUGGAAAAGAGUCUUAGCCUAUGGGGAAGGACGACCAAGUGCGUCGACAUUAACAGCCUUACGACAUUCUCAUCAUGAUCGGCAUCACCAUUCCGGCACCCGGAGAAAGAACAGUGGUAUUAAUGAACAACAAAGACGAUCUCGACUCUUUCUGGCAGCCAGCUUCAAUUCGAUUCUUCUUCCAUACCCGUUUGUCAAUGAAUAUCAAUUCUCGUGGUUCAGCUAUGGGUUUUUACUAACGGCAUCGGUGAAACGCAAAGUGCUUUUGAUGGACUGUAUGUCUUCCAUGUCGACAGAAUAUGAAGAUGCGUGUGUUAAUCAUACAUUACUUGUACAAGCUCAACGUCUCCUAUCAUCGGAUGCUCCUGACAUGGUACGGUCUUUGGAACAUCAUUUGAAAAGUGCGGUAUGUCCUUAUUUGCUCUUAGAAAUACGACGGCAACAUUUCGUGGAUGACACCAUUCAUCAAUUGUCACGCAAAUGGUCAGAUCUAAAGAAACCACUCAAGGUCAAAUUCAUUGAUGGAGGUGAAGAAGGUGUAGAUCAAGGCGGUGUGCAGAAAGAAUUCUUUGGCGUACUUUUUGAACAUUUAUUGGCUAAGGAGAUGGGAUUAUUUAUUUGUGAUGAUACUACUCGACUAUACUGGUUUAGAUCUGCGACUGGGACAGAUAUUCGUAGUUAUGAAAUGAUUGGUGUGCUUCUUGGAUUGGCGAUAUAUAAUGGUGUGAUACUCAAUAUACAACUUCCUUUGGUGCUUUGGAAAAUGAUUUGUGCAACAGAUGAACAACAACUAGAUGCUCUUGCAAACAAACAACAAGAAGAACCUUUAUUUACUUUGGAUGAUUUGAAACAAGGCUGGCCACAAUUAGCUCAUGGAUUGGAACAAUUACUUUUAUGGUCAGAAGAGACAACAGGGAUGACGGUGGAAGAUACAUUUUGUCAAAAUUAUGAAAUGACAAUUGAUACCUUUGAAGCAGGCGUGCAAACAAUACCAUUGAUGGAAAAUGGCAGCAAUAUACCGGUGACCAGCCAAAAUCGAGCGGCUUUUGUCCAGGCUUACUGUACCCACUAUAUGUAUUGGCUUCAACGAGAUGCUAUCUUGGCUCUUCGACGUGGUGUUUGGUGUGUUAUUGGUAGUCAAGCUUUAUCUGAAAAAUUGGUGUUUCCUCAUGAAUUGGAAAUCAUCACAUGUGGUUGGGAACAAAAUUAUAAUGGUGAUACAACAACAUCAACAACAAUAACAACAAUGGAUUUGGAUCUGACGGAAUUGGAAAAAGUGACGGAAUAUGAUGAUGGUUAUCAUGUGGAUCAUCCUAUCAUUCAACAAUUUUGGACUAUUGUUCACAAUGAAAUGACUCCUGUCCAGAAACGAAAAUUGCUCUAUUUUGUUACGGCAAGUGAUCGUGUGCCUGUUGGAGGUUUGAAAGAAUUGACUUUUGUUGUUCAACGCAAUGGACCUGAUAAUGACAGAUUACCCACUGCAUUGACAUGUUUUUCUCGAUUAUUAUUACCGGAAUAUGCUAAUCAGGACAAACUACGUGAUAGAUUGAUUACUUCUAUAGAAAAUGCAAAAGGAUUUGGCUUGGUUUAG